AUGACCGAAGAAAUGACCGGCAACCUCUUUCAGCGGUCAACUCCGCUUUUUGCUGAAGCAGGCGCCAACUUCUCCUACAGUGACUUCCUCUCCAGCGCCUCGCUGAUCACCAGCCACGAGCUGGGCGACAAGACCUUCCUCAUCGCCUCGCUGAUGGCGCUGCAAAAGUCCCGCUGGACCGUACUGCUCGGCUCGAUGAGCGCCAUGACGCUGAUGAACUGCAUCUCCAUCAUCCUUGGAUCUCAACUGCAGCGAAUUCCCUACUGGGCCCUUAGUCGCCUCUCGAUGACGCUCUUUCUAAUGUUCGGCACCAAGAUGCUCUGGGACAGCUCGCAGACUAGUCCAGAGGAGGAGGCACUGGAUGACUACCUAAAGACGCAGAAGAUUGUCGCCAAGAAGAAGAACAUGAAGAAGGAGAUUGCCAUCAACAAGCGAAUCAUCAUCUUCACACAGGUCUUCUGGCUCAUUUUCUUUGCCGAGCUGGGCGACAAGACGCAGAUUAGCACCAUCUUGAUGGCCAAUAAUAAACAGUUAAUUUGGCCCGUUGCGCUGGGCUCUCUUCUGGGCUACUUCAUCUGCAAUGUGAUUGCCAUCAUCGGCGCCAGAUCUAUUGAGAGGUUCAUUGUCCUUAAAAAGU